CAAAAGUGACCCAACAAUGGUAGCGGUAGUACACAACAGAUCUAAUGGAAAGUUAUGUUUUGUGUUUAUUCCUUCGCGUUAUAUAUUUUUAUUGUUGAUGUCUUUGGGUUUAUUUCUGGUUUAUGCGUUUAAAGGAUUUUUAGGGGUAGCAAUCGUAGCAAUGGUUAAACACCAAAACACAUCUAAACUAAUUGACUCCGAGUGUCCCGCAGAUGACUCUGAAAACGGUUACAAUAAUAAUGGAAAAUCGGGUGAAUUUGAGUGGACAGACAGCCAACAAACUCUAGUUUUGGGCGCUUUUUUCUAUGGAUAUGUUGUGACCCAAAUCCCGGCCGGAAUCGCUGCAGAGAAGAUUGGCGCCAAAUGGAUGUUUGCAUUGAGUUUAUUAAUCACUGGCAUAUUGUCUUUAUUAGGACCGGUCGCGGCUCGUUUGGGCCAAAACUCAAUUAUACCAUUUUUCUUGACACGUUUAGGACAGGGAUUAGCACAAGGAAUGAUACUUCCCUGUAUGAACACUAUGAUAGCUAAAUGGAUGCCUAAAACUGAGAGAAGUCGUGCCAUUUCAAUCACAUUUGCCGGUUCGGCUAUGGGAUCGGUAGUUAGCUUACCAUUAACUGGAUAUCUAUGCGAUGAAUCAUUUUUGGGCGGUUGGCCCGCAAUUUUUUAUCUGUUGGGAAUCGCCGCUUGCGUUUGGGUUGUGUUUUGGAUAUUAUUUGUAUUUGAAUCACCCGACACUCAUCCAUAUAUAUCACAAAUUGAGUAUAACCUAAUCAAAAAAGGACAGGGAGAUGAAAUUAUUACUUCAAAAAGACAAAUACCGUGGAAAUCAAUACUAACCUCAUAUCACGUUUACGCCUCUAUUGUCGCACAUUUUGGUUUCAAUUGGGGAUAUCUCACACUUUUGACACUUUUGCCCACAUAUUUCACUAAUAUUUUGCAUAUGAAUAUCAAAACAAAUGGGCUCAUCUCAAGUCUACCUUAUAUUGCAAAUACAAUAGUCUCGUGUUUGGCCUCAUAUAUAACCGACAAAUUAAGGGAAAGGGGAGUCAAUAUAACUUUGUUAAGAAAGAUUAACAAUUCAAUUGCAUUUUUUGGAACCGGUAUUUUUUUAAUUGCUGUUAUAUUAUCCAAAUGCAACAAAACCUGGAGUAUUGUAUUUUUUGUUAUCGGUUUGGGUUUAAAUGGUUGCUCUUAUUCUGGAUUUUUAGCCAAUUAUGUUGAUAUGGCGCCAGACUUUGCAGGAAUUCUUAUGGGAUUUUGCAAUGCAUUUGGAAAUAUUCCGGGUUUUGCUGCCCCACAAACUGCAUCUCUAAUUUAUAAAAAUGGGCAAACAUUAGAGACUUGGUCUUAUAGUUACAAUCUUGGGGUUUGA